AUGGCUGAAACUACUACCACAUUGCUCAAAGGAAGCCACUCAAGUGUUGAGCUUGAGAAUGAGGCUUUUGAUGAAGAAUAUGAAAACCUUAGCCAAGAAUGUAGGCAACUUCUUCCUUCUCUUCCCAAAACCAAGGGUUUCCGCCACCCAUACAUCUAUCUUUACAAAGACAUUUGGUAUGUACCACUUCAAAUCCAAGCCAUAAGAUCUUUUCAGAAGCAUUUCCAAGCAAAAGACAGUGAUAUUAUUUUGACAUCCUUGCCAAAAUCUGGCACUACUUGGUUGAAAGCCCUUGCUUUUUCUAUUUUGAAUCGCAAGCGUUUCCCUCCUUCACAAAAUAACCAUCCUUUACUCUUCUCUAAUCCACAUGACCUUGUUCCCUUCUUUGAGUACCAUCAUUAUGUAAACAACCAGAUUCCUGAUCUCUCCAUAUUGCCUGAACCAAGACUUUUCAGCACACAUGUUCCUUUUCAUUCAUUGCCCGAUUCAAUUACAAAAUCCAAAUGCAAGAUCAUCUAUAUAUGUCGUAACCCAUUCGACAAUUUCGUAUCGUAUUGGCUGUUUUUAAACAAAGUUGUACCACCAUCUGUACCCAAAUUAUCACGCGAAGAAGCAUUGGAGAGCUACUCAAAUGGGAGCUAUGAGACUGGUCCAUUUUGGAUAAAUAUGUUGAGUUAUUGGAGAGAAAGCAAUGAGAGACCAAACAAGAUUUUGUUUUCAAGGUAUGAGGAUUUGAAAGGGGAUAUAAAGUUCUACUUGAAAAGGCUGGCUGAAUUCAUGAAUUGUCCAUUCAAUUCUGAGGAAGAAAGUGAAGGUGUUAUUGAUAACAUAAUUGAGCUGUGCAGCUUUGGGAAGAUGAAGGAAUUAGAGGUGAACAAGACUGGAAAGUUUUUAAACAUGUUUGAAAACAGGGAGUUCUUUAGGAAAGGUGAAGUAGGUGAUUGGGUUAAUCAUUUUACGCCAUUGAUGGUAGAGAAAUUGUCCAAAGUGAUUGAAGGGAAGUUGGGUGGUUCUGGGCUAUCAUUUCAAGAAAAGAUCUCUUAACACAGUGAAAAGAGCACGAGAAGGUCGGGAAAGGAAGCGAGGAAAGAGUAGCUUCAAUUGGUAGUGGCAUUACUACCUUUGAGUAGAAAUGAAUGUAUAAUAUGCUGAUAGAGUUAAGUUGCCAACUAGGAUGCAUAAAGGUAAGUUGAACUAUGAUGUGAAACUUGUUUGUAUAUAUAUGUAUAUGAUGUUGCAUUGUGCCAAGGGUGCCUAGUGGAGGGUACGUGGGUAGGCCUAAAUGCAAAACAAGAUAAUAUAUGUGUGUUGUAACUUGUAUAAUGUGAUUAUGUGUUAAUCGUGAAUUGAAUGUGAUUUGUAUUGUUAUGUGAGAAUUUGAUACAAAUGGAAAAGAACUUGACACAAAUGGUGAGGCGGAGUCUCAUUUGGAAAAGUCAAGUACAUUUGUGAUUC